AUGGUACAGGUGCUAUCUGAUGCAGGUGCUACCUGGUGUGAUCGCUAUCUGGUGCAGGUGCUGCCUGGUGCAGGUGCUACCUGGUGCAGGUGCUAUCUGGUGAAAUGUGCUAUCUGGUGCAAUGUGCUAUCUGGUGCAAUGUGCUAUCUGGUGCAAUGUGCUAUCUGGUGCAAUGUGCUAUCUGGUGCAAUGUGCUAUCUGGUGCAAUGUGCUAUCUGGUGCAAUGUGCUAUCUGGUGCAAUGUGCUACCUGGUGCAAUGUGCUAUCUGGUGCAAUGUGCUAUCUGGUGCAAUGUGCUAUCUGGUGCAAUGUGCUAUCUGGUGCAAUGUGCUAUCUGGUGCAAUGUGCUAUCUGGUGCAAUGUGCUAUCUGGUGCAAUGUGCUAUCUGGUGCAAUGUGCUAUCUGGUGCAAUGUGCUAUCUGGUGCAAUGUGGUGCAAUGUGCUAUCUGGUGCAAUGUGCUAUCUGGUGCAAUGUGCUAUCUGGUGCAAUGUGCUAUCUGGUGCAAUGUGCUAUCUGGUGCAAUGUGCUAUCUGGUGCAAUGUGCUAUCUGGUGCAAUGUGCUAUCUGGUGCAAUGUGCUAUCUGGUGCAGCAAUUGGCUGGACACGACAGGAGCUCCUCCCCCAAACCGUCAGGCUCGACACGGUUCGGAACCGGCGCUGCAGGUUCGGCGAGCCCGUUCAGGGCUAGUUCGGCCGAAGCUGGUUCGAGCGACGUUGGUCUGGAAGUGCAGCUCGGGCAGCUGAGAAUAAAAAACGCGGACCUGAAGCUGAACGUGGAAAAUCUGCAGGCGGAGCUGAAAGCCGCUAAGGAGCAGAUCGGGCAGAUGACAAAAGAAAUUGAGGCGUGGAAAAAGGAGGGAGUUUCGAAAGACAGCGCUGCUGAGAUGAAAGCGGAGAUUGAAAAGCUCAAGAAGGAAUUGGCAGAGAGCAAAGGAGGAGGAAAGGGCGUGGGGGUAGUGGGAGAGCGAGAUAAGGAAAUGAAGGAAAUGGAGGAGAAAAUGAUGGUGAUGGAGGUAGAGGUUGGGAAGUACAAAUUCGUGCAUGACAGUUUAAAAGAGAGGGUAGAGAGGCUGACCAGGGAUAACAAGAAACGAAUUGCGUCUGAGAAAGAGGCGCUAGAUGCGAUUGGGAAGGUGAGGGAGGAGAAGGAGGAGGUGGAGAAGAGACUGAGUGAGGUGGAGGCGGAAAGGGAUGAGGCGAGGAGGAAGUGUGAGGAAGCGCAGCAACGGAUGGCAGAGGCUGUGAGAGAGAGAGGAGAGGUGGAGGUGAGGAGGGAUGAGGAUGUAGCUACUGUGCGGAGGGCUAUGGAGGAGGAGAAGCGGAAGGUUGAGGAGGGAAGGAGGAAGGCGGAGGAGGAGAGGGAUGGAGUGUUGAAGGCGAAGGGUGAGGUGGAAGGGGAGAAGGGGGUGUUGAUGGGGAGGUUGGCGGAGGCGGAGAGGGGACGAGAGGAUGCGGAGAAGGGGAGACGAGAUGCAGAGGAGGAGAGGGGACGGGCUGAAAGGGAAAAGGAACAGGCGUGGAAGGAGAGGGAGGAGGCGGAGGCAGCUCGGAAGGAGGCGGAAGGGGAGAGGGAUGAGGCCGUGAGGGCGAAGGAGGAGGCGCAGAGGGAACGAGAUGAGGCGACGAGGGCGUGUGAGGCGGCGGAAACGAAGCAAGAGGAGGCGGAGAAGAGGAGAGACGAGGCAGAAAGAUCAAGGGAGGAAGCAGAGGCACGGAGGGAGGAGGCUGAGAGCGCAAGAGGGAAGGCGGAAGAGGAGAAGGAGCAAGCGCAGAAGGAGAGGGAAGAGGCGGAGGCAGCACGGGGAGUGGCGGAGAAAGAGAGGGAAGAUGCAGUAAAGGGUAAGGAGGAGGCGGAGAGGGAACGAGAAGAGGCGACGAGGGCUUGUGAGGCAGCGGAAACGAAGCAAGAGGAGGCGGAGAAGAGAAGAGACGAGACAGAGAAGUCAAGGGAGGAAGCAGAGACACGGAGGGAGGAGGCCGAGAGAGAGAGAGGGAAGGCGGAAGAGGAGAAGGAGCAAGCGAAGAAGGAGAGGGAAGAGGCGGAGGCAGCACGGGGAGUGGCGGAGAAAGAGAGGGAAGAUGCAGUAAAGGGUAAGGAGGAGGCGGAAAGGGAACGAGAAGAGGCGACGAAGGCACUUGAGGCUGCGGAAGGGAAGCAAGAGGAGGCGGAGAAGAGAAGAGACGAGGCAGAGAGAUUAAGGGAGGAAGCAGAGGCACGGAGGGAGGAGGCUGAGAGCGCAAGAGGGAAGGCGGAAGAGGAGAAAGAGAAAGCGAAGAAGGAGAGGGAAAAGGCGGAGGCAGCACGAGGAGAGGCGGAGAGGGAGAGGGAUGAAGCUGUAAAGGGUAAGGAGGAGGCAGAGAGGGAGAGGGAGGAGUCAGUAAAAGGCAAGGAGGAGGCGGAGAGGGAGAGGGAUGAUGCAGUAAAGGGUAAGGAGGAGGCGGAGAGGGAGAGGGAUGAUGCAGUAAAGGGUAAGGAGGAGGCGGAGAGGGAGAGGGAUGAAGCCGUAAAGGGUAAGGAGCAGGCAGAGGCGGGGAUGGAGGAGUCAGUAAAAGGUAAGGAGGAGGCGGAGGGGGAGAGGGAUGAGGCACUAACGGGUAAGGAGGAGGCAGAGAAAGAGAGGGAUGAUGCAGUAAAGGGUAAGGAGGAGGCGGAGAGGGAGAGGGAUGAGGCAGUUAGGGUAAAGCAAGAGGCGGAAACUGAGAGAGACGAAGCAGUAAAAGGUAAGGAGGAGGCGGAGAGGGAGAGAGAUGAGGCUGUAAAGUGUAAAGAGGAGGCAGAGAGGGAGAGGGAUGAGGCUGUAACGGGUAAGGAGGAGGCGGACGCAAAACGGGCAGAGGCCGAAAGCGCUCGUGAAGCGGCUGAGAAGAGGCAAGAGGAGGCAGAAAGAGGGAGGGAGGAGGCAGAGGGUAAAAGGGAAGUUGCGGAAAGGGAGAAGGAGGAAGCGGAGCAGGCACGUGCAGAAGCAGAGGCACGGAGAGACGAGGCUGAGAGGCUUCGUGCAGAGGCUGAUGGGAAUAGAGCGGAUGCAGAGAGGGCGAAAGAGGAGGCUGAGAAGGCGAAGGAGGAAGCGGAUAACGCUAGGGAAGAGGCGGAGAGGGAGAGGGAGAAGGCAGAGAAGAGAAGGGAGGAGGCUGAGAAGGCAAGGGAGGAAGAGGAGAAGCUGAGGAAGGGAGCAGAAAGGGCACGCAAUGAGGUGGAGAAAGCAAGGGCGGAGGCGGAGAAAGCCAAGAGCGAGGCAGAGUCGAAGCUGGCAGUUGCAGAGACGAGCAGAGUGGCAUCCGAGCAGACGUGUGCUCACGCUGAGGAGAGAUCAGCUGAGGCUGAGAAGCAGCGAGCAGCAGCUGAACAGGCUUGUUGUGAUGCGAGGGCGCUAGCUGAGGAGGCAGAGAGGCGACGGGAAGGUGCUGAAGUGAAGCAGAAGGAAGAGGAAGAGAGGAGGAAGGAGGCAGAGGAGAGGAGGGAAGCUGCUGAGAAAGUAAAGGAGGAGGUGGAGGAGAGGCAACGAGAGGCAGAGAAAGCAAGGGCUGCUGCUGAGGAAGCGCGAGAGGAGAGCGAGAAGGCAAGGGAUGAGGCUGAUGCGAAGAGGAAAGAAGCCGAAGAGGCAAGGGAGGAGGCGGAGAAGGGAAGGGAGGAGGCAGUAGAGAGGGCAGCAGCGGCGGAGGAGAGGAGUGAGGAGGAGAGGAAGGCGAGGGAAGAAGCUGAGAGGGCGAGAGAGGAGGCUCAAAGGUUGAGGGAAGAGGCGGAAAAGUGUACAGAGGAAGCGAUAAAGGCGAGAGAGGAUGCAGAGGCACGAUGUGAGGAGGCAGAGAGGAAGCAAGUAGAGGCAGAGAGGAAGCAAGUAGAGGCUGAGGUGGGCAAGGAAGAAGCAGUGGAAGCGAGGCAGCAAGCAGAAGUAGCGCGGGAGGAGGCUGAGAGGAAGCAAGCAGAGGCGGAGAGAAUGCAGGUGGAUGCAGAAACGAAACAGGCAGAGGCAGAGGUGGUGAAGGAAUCAGCAGAAGCAGCACGUGCAGAAGCAGAGGUGGGGAGGGCUGAAGCUGAGAAGGCAAGAGAGGCAGCUGACAAGGCAAGAGAGGAUGCAGAAGGGAGGCUUAGGGAGGCAGAGAAAAGAGCAGAGGAGGCGGAAGAGAGUGCGAGGGAAGCAGUGGAAAGGGGUAAGCAGGCGGAGGAGAGGGCACGGGAAGCAGAGAGGGCAGAGCUAGAGGCAAGAGAAGAAAGUGAGGUGGCGAAGAAGGCAAAGGCGGAAGCAGAGGCUACACGCGAGGCAGCAGAACGAGAUAGAGAGGCAGCUGAGAGGGCGAAAGAGGAGGCUGAGAGGGCGAGAGAGGAGGCUGAAAAGGCAAGGAGGGAAGCUGAGCAGGGGAAAGAGGAAUCGGAGCAAGCUCGAGCAGCAGCUGAAAUGUCGACAAAGGAGGCAGUUGAAGCAAAGGAGGAGGCUGAGAGAGUCAGCGAGGAGGGUGAGAAGGCGAGGAAGGAGGCAGAGAGGGGCAGGCGAGAAGCAGAGAGAGCACAGGCGGAGGCGGAGAGGCAGAGAGAUGAGGCGGAGAGGCGAAUGGCUGGUGCUGGGAUGAGCAAGGAUGAGGCGGAGAGGGAGCGGGAGGAGGCGCAUAAGAGCAGGGCGGAGGCGGAAAGGAGGAUGGAGGAGGCAGAAAGCAGGAGAGAGGAGGCUGAGAAGAGGAGAGAUGAGGCGGAGAGAGCAAGGGAGGUUGCUGAGGAGGCGAGAGAAGAGGCUGUGAGAGAGAAGGAAGAGGCUGUGAGAGAGAAGGAAGAGGCUGUGAGAGAGAAGGAAGAGGCUGUGAGAGAGAAGGAAGAGGCUACUCAGGGGAUGGCUGAGGCGGAGGAGAGGCGGGUGGAGGCAGAGAGGAGAGAAAGUGAAGCAGAAGAGAGGGAGCGGGAGGCUGAGAAGGCAAAGGAAGAGGCUGAGAAGGCUUGGGAGGAUGCAGCUAAAGCUGCGGAAGAGGCUGAGCAGGCAAAGAGAGAGGCGCUUGAAGCUAAGGCAGAGGCCGAGGAGAGGAGGGCGGAGGCAGAGAGGACUCGAGAUGCUGCAGAAGCGAAGGCAGCUGAAGUAGAGAAGGCGAUGGAAGAGGCUAUCUGUGCGAAGGCAGAGGAGGAAGAGAGGAGGUUGGAGGCCGAGAGAGCACGAGAUGCUGCAGAGGCGAAGGCAGCUGAACUAGAGAAGGCUGUGGACGAGGCUGUGAGUGCAAAGGCAAAGGAGGAGGAGAGGAGGGUGGAGGCAGAAACAGCACGAGAUGCUGCAGAGGCGAAGGUGGAGGGGUUAGAGAGGGCUGUGGCAGAGGCAGAGGCGGCGAGGAAGGUAGCAGAGGAGGAGAGGAGUGAGGCGUUGAGGGGCGAGGAGUGUGCUGUGGAGGAGCGGUAUGAGCUGGUGCAGGCUCUUGAACGGGCGGGUGAGGAGAAGGAUGAGUUGACAAGGGCUGCUGAAGCAGUGAAAGGGGAGAGGGAUGAGCUGGUGCAGGCUCUUGAAAGGGCGGGCGAGGAGAGGGAUGAGCUGGUGCAGGCUCUGCAGAGGGUGACUGAGGAGAAGGAUGAGCUGGAGAGGGCUGUUGCAGCAGCGAUAGGGGAGAGGGAUGAAGCGGUGAGGGCUGCUGAAGCAGUGAAAGGGGAGAAGGAUGGGGCGGUGCAGGUGGUUGAGAGGACGGGUGAGGAGAGGGAUGAGAUGACGAGGGCUGUUGCAGAGGCUGUUAGGGAGAGGGACGAAGCGGUGAAGGCUGUUGAGGAGGCUGUUAGAGAGAGGGAUGAAGCGGUGAAGGCUGUCGAAGCAGCGAGAGAGGAGAGGGACAGGGCAGUCGAGGCUGUGGGGUUGGCAGUAGAAGAGAGGAACGAAGCAGUGAGGACUCUUGACAGGGUGACAGCGGAGAGGGACGAGGCGAUGCUGGUGAUUGAUGAGGCGGUUAAAGAGAGGGAUGAAGCGGAGAAGGCUGUUGCAUUAGCCGUUGAAGAAAGGAACGAGGCAGUGAGGAUUCUUGACAGGGUGACGGCGGAGAGGGACGAGGCGAUGCUCGUGAUUGAUGAGGCGGUUGGGGCGCUUGGAGGGGCCGUUGGGGCGAGGGAGGCGAGAGGGCUGGUUGGAGAGAGGGUAGCGAUCAGGGAGAGAGAGGCGCGAGCGGUGACAGCGGAGAGGAACGAAGCGGAGAGGAACGAAGCGGAGAGGGACGAGGCGAUGCUGGUGACUGACGAGGCGGUUGGGGCGCUCGGAGGGGCCAUUGGUGCGCGGGAGGCGCGAGGGCUGGUUGGAGAGAGGGUGGCGAUUAGGGAGAGAGAGGCGAGAGGGAUGGUUGAGGAGAGGGUGGUGAGUGAGGAGAGGGAGGCAAUUGGGGCAGGAGGGGAUAUUGGAGAGAGGGAGGGGAUUGGGGAGAGGGAGGCUAUUGGGGAGAGGGAGGCGAUUGGGGAGAGGGAUGCGAUUGGGGAGAGGGAGGCGAUUGGGGAGAGGGAGGCGAUUGGGGAGAGGAAGGCGAUUGUGGAGAGGGAUGUGAGGGAGGUGGUGAAUGUGGAUGAAGCUGAAGCAGCAGGAGGGGAUGGCGAGAAGGUGACGGUUUGUGUGGGGUGUUCAAGUAAGUGUGAUGGGUUUGUGGGUGGGAGAGGCGAGGUGGAAGGGAGAUGGCAGGAGGCUGUUGCGGUCAAGGGCGAUGAGAAGUGGUGGAGAGCGGUGGAGAACGAUAGGGAGGAAGCGGAGAGGAGGCGGGAGGAGGCGAAGAGACGACUAGAGGAGCUGAAGGGGAUCCUUGAUGAGGUGAGAGGAAAGCAGGAGGAGUCUGAGCGGAAACUGGAGGAAGUCGAGAAACAGCUGGUGGACAUGGGGAAUGAGAAGGCUGCUGCUGAGAGCAGGAGAGAAGAGGCAGAGAGGGAGAGGGUUGAGGCAGAAGGGAGGAGAGUGAGAGCAGAGGAGAUGAGGGAUGAGGCUGAGAGGAAGUUGGAAGAAGUUGAGAAACAGCUGGUGGACAUGGGGAAUGAGAAGGCGGAAGCAGAGAGGAGUAGAGAGGAGGCGGAGGCUGAGAGAGAAGAAGCGGAAAGGGCGAAGGUUGAGGCUUUGGCACGGUUGGAAGCGGCUGAGACGGCACGCAAAGCGGUGGAGAAUGAGAAGGUUGAGGCAGAAGAGGGGAGAGUGAGAGCAGAGGAGCAGAGGGAUGAAGCUGAGAGGAGGAGAGAUGAUGCUUUGAGGGAGAAGGAGCAGGCAGAGAAGGAAAGGGAGGAGGUGGAGAAAGCAAGGGAGGAAGUGGAGAAAGCAUGGAAAGACGAGGGGCUGAGGAGAGCAGAGGCAGAGAAGGCACUAGAAGAGGCACUGGAGGCAGGUUUUGUGGUGGAUGGGCGGACGGGGGAGACAGAGAGGAGGAUAGAGAAGGCGGAGCAGAGCAGAGAAGAGGCAGAGAAGAUGAGAGAAGAGGCAGAGAAGGGAAGAGAGGAAGCAGAGAGGAGGAGAGAGGAGGCAGAGAGGAGGGGAGAUGAGGCAGAGAGGGCACUAGAAGAGGCGCUAGAGGCAGUAGUGCAGGCAGAGGUUCGAAGGGAAGAGGCGGAGAGGAAUAGAGAUGAGGCAGAGAGGAGGAGGGAAGAGGCGGAGAGGGAUAGAGAUGAGGCAGAGAGGAGGAGGGAAGAGGCGGAGAGGGAUAGAGAUGAGGCAGAGAGGAGGAGGGAAGAGGCGGAGAGGAGAAUAGAAGAGGUUGAGGAGGAUUUGACUGAGCUGGUGGUGAAGCUUGAGGUAGUAGAGAAGGCAAAAGCAGAGGCGGAGGAGGGGAUUCAGGAAAAAAAUGCAUUGACAGGUGAAGAUGCAGAAAAGGGGGAAGUGGAUGGGGGGAUUACAGAGGGGGAGAGGGAGAGGGAGCGGGUGGUACGGGAGGUGGAAGAGUUGACAGUGCAGAUAGAGGUACUGGAGAGAGAGAAGGAGGAGGGUGAACGGGAGAAGGAGAGAGCUGAGAAGGAGAAGGAAGAGGCAUUGAGAGAAAGGGAGGAGGUUGUGAGACGGCUUGAGGAGAUGCAAGAGAUGCUGGAAGAGGUGAGAAGGGAGGAGGCUUACAGAAGGGAGGAGGCUGAACAAGAGAAGGAGGACGCUUACAGAAGGGCAGAAGAUGCUGGAGUACGAGUGAGAGAGGCAGAAGCAGGAAGAGAAGAGGUGGAGAGGAGGAGAGAAGUAGCAGAGGGGGCACUGUCGCUAGCAGAGGUGGUAUUGCAGGAGGCGGAGGUGUGGAGAGAAGAGGCAGGGAGGCGUUGGGGAGAAGCAGAGGGGGCAGUGUUGAUGGUCGAGGUGGUAUUGCAGGAGACAGAGGCGUGGAGAGAGGCGACACAGAGGAAGUUGGCAGAAGGAGAGGGGUUAUGGAAAGAAGCUGAGCGUGCGAGAGAGGAGGCAGAGAGGAGGAGAGAAGAAGCAGAGGGGGCACUGUCGCUAGCAGAGGUGGUAUUGCAGGAGGCAGAGGUGUGGAGAGAAGAGGCGGUGAGGAGAUUAGAAGAGGGAGAGGCGUUGAGGGAGGAGGCUGAGCAGGCGAGAGAGGAGGCUGAGAGGAGGAGGGAAGAAGCAGAGGGGGCUGUGGAGGUAGCAGAGGCAGCGAGAGAUGAGAUGGAGCGGGCGAAAGAGGAGGCUGAGGCUAGCUGGGAAGAGGCGCUGGUGAUGCUGGGAGAGGCUGAUAGGGGGCGAGAGGAGGCGGAGAGGAGAAGGGAGGAGGCUGAGAAGAAGAUUGUGGAAGCUGAGAGGUUGGGAGAGGUAGCAGAGAGACGAGGAGAGGAGGCAGAGAGACGAGGAGAGGAGGCAGAGAGACGAGGAGAGGAGGUAGAGAGACGAGGAGAGGAGGCAGAAGGUAAGGAACGAAGGGAGGAUGCAACGCACAGUUCUGAAGAGAGUGUGGUGAUCGUUUCAGAAGCUGAUGAGCAACCUGUAGAGGCGAGAGGGGCUGGCGAGGAGAUGGAGGGAGAGAUUGGAGGAGAGGAAGCGGGAAGCGAUGGUAUGGAGGGCGGGGACGGAGCAGAGGCAGUGGAGGGCGCUUUGGAAUUAGGGGCACGGGAGGGUAAGCGAUGGCGGGGUGGAGGUGGGGAGGAUGGGGAGAGCAGUGGAGGGGAGGAGGAGGAUAAGGGCUGCAGCCGUGAGGAGAAGGGUCGGGAGAGCAGUGGGGAGGAGGAGCAGGUGAAGGGAGUGAUUUGUCACUGCACUCAGAAAGAGGUGCUGCCCGAGGGUGCUGCUGCAGAGGUGCCACUCAGAGGGUGGCCGAAUCCUGACAGCAGUGGGGGGGAGACAAGUGUGGUUGGCAUGAGCUUUUUGGAAAGGGAAAGAGACGAGCUAAGAGUGCGGUGGGAGGCGGCAGAGGAGAGACGGAGGGAGCUGGAAGCGAUUGUGAGUAAAACGGGUUUGCAGCUAGAGAGGGUGGGUGGGGUUGAGGAGGUUGAGAGGGCGAGUGGAGAGGCAGAGAGAGGGAGGGAGGAGGCGUUGAAAGAGAGGGACGAGGCGGUGAGAGGAAAGGAUGAAGCUGAGAAGGCAAGGCAAGAGGCGGAAUUGAGGGUUGAGGAGGCGGAGAAGCAGAGGGAUGAGGCGGUGAAAGCGUGGGAGUGUGCGGAGGAGGCAAGGAGAGAGGCGGAGGCAGCAAGGGAUGAAGCUCUGGAAUCAAGAGAAGGCAUUCAGAAGUCGUGGGAUGAUGCUGAGGAGGCGAGGAGAGGGACGGAGGCAAGGCUUGAAGAGCUUAAGCAGGCUUUGGAGGAGGCUGAAAGGGCAAGGCAAGAGGCUGAGAUGGCAAAGCAAGUGGCAGAGGCGGCGAGAGAGGAGGCUGAGGCAGCUUGGAAGGAGGCAGUGGAGAAAGCAGAAGAGGCGGAGGAGAGGAGCGAGAAGAGGUGUGAGGAGGAGAGGAAGGUGAGGGACGAAGCUGAGAGGGCGAGGGAGGAAGCUGAAAGAAUGAGAGAGGAGGCUGAGAAGGGAAGGGAGGAGGCGGUAGCGAGACAAGCCAUGCCGUGCAGUGCGUGCGCUGAAAAAGACGAGGCGAUGCAGUCCAUUCUCAACGAGCUUGUUGCCGCCCAGGCUACGUCCGAAGCUGCCAUAGCGUCGGCGGCUACCAACGCUGCGGUGGAGAUUCGGGCGGAGCUUCGGAUGGCGCAGGAAGGGUGGGAGAAGAGGCUGAGUGAAGUGGAAGGGGAGUUAGAGCGUGUGAAAGGGGAGGGAGAGAAGCUUGAGAAGAGAGUGAAGGAAGCGGAGGGGGAGGGUGUGAGAUUGCGAGAGGAGGUGGAGGGAGAGAGGAAGGGGAGGGAGGAGGAGAGAGCUGCCAAGGAGGAAGAGAAGAGAGCAAAGGAAGAGGAGAGGAAGGCGAAGGAGGAGGAGAGGGAGAGACGGGAGCAGGCGGAGGCAGGGAGGAGGGCAGCGGAGGAGGAGGCGCAGUUGACUAGGGAGGACCUGGAGGUGAUGCGAGACGCAAAGAGGGAGACGGUGCGGAACCUCACAGACUCACUGCUGGCAGCGGAGGAGCAGAGGAAGCGACUGCUGUUCCUGCUGCGCAAGGCACAGGUCAUCGAAGCGCAGCAGAAGCGGCAGCAGUUGCGCCAGACCGCGGCGCAACGGCGCACGUCGCUAGCGCAGGCCGCGCGGCAAACUGGAGGGGAUGCGGGGAAGGCGGAACAUGGCCAGGGGGAUCGGGGGAAGCCGCCGCAGGGUCAGGGGGGGCAUGGGAAGGCGCAACUGGCCGGGGGAGCAAACCCGCCAGCGCACGCCCCGCUUCCGCCUCUUCCGCGGAAGCAGCAAACGCGGGUGCAAGCGCAGGUGGCGCAGCAGGGGGAAGCGCAGGCGGAAAAGCAGGCGGGGCAGCAGGGUGGACAGCAAGGGGGGGGGCAGUAUAGGGGGCAGCAAGGGGGGCAAGCGCAUAGGUUACAACAAGAAUCAUCACAGCCGCAACCAGAACAGCACCAGCAGCAGCACCAGCAGCAGCACCAGCAGCAGCACCAGCAGCAGCAGCAUAAUUCCUCCGGGCAGGAUGCCACUCACGGGCAGGCGUCCGGGCAGACGAAAGGGCACCCUCAACCAGACAGGCAGGAGCCGGGGGGGCAACCCCAAGCCCACGGGCAGGGAAGCGGGCAGACUUCCGGGCAGGUUCCCGGGCAGGUUUCGGAGCAGCUGCCAAUGCACGAAGGCCACGUGGAGCAUGCUAUUCUGCCUGAGCGGCCGGAUUGGCUGGAUGAUUACGAGAUAGUGGGGAAGAUCGGCGAGGGGACGUAUGGGCUGGUGUAUCUGGCUAAGGACCGGCGCAAGGGCAAGGGGUCGGGGCGGUCGGCUCUUAAGAAGUUCAAACAGACCAAGGAGGGCGAUGGCGUGUCUCCCACUGCCAUCCGCGAGAUCAUGCACUUACAGGAGUGUGAGCACGAGAACAUAGUGCAGCAGCUGCUCAUCAACCACAACGACAUGUCGCACGACCUCUAUGAGAUCAUCCGCUUCCACCGCGAGCAUCUGAAACGUCCCCUGUCUGAAUACACGGUGAAGUCGCUGCUCUGGCAGCUGCUCAACGGGCUGCACUACCUGCACAGCAAUUGGAUUAUCCAUCGGGACCUGAAGCCUUCUAACAUCCUUGUGAUGGGCGAGGGCGAGGAGCAAGGGGUGAUCAAGAUCGGCGACUUUGGCCUCGCCCGCAUCUUCCAGUCGCCCCUGCGCCCGCUCUCCGACAACGGGGUUGUGGUGACCAUCUGGUAUCGAUCCCCAGAACUGCUGCUAGGCUCACGGCACUACACAUGUGCUGUCGACAUGUGGGCGGUGGGGUGCAUAUUCGCGGAGCUCCUCACACUCAAGCCCUUGUUCCAAGGCCUCGAGGAUAAGACCUCCGCCAAUGCCUUCCAGAAGGACCAGCUGGAUAAGAUCUUCAGAGUGCUAGGCCACCCCACAGUGGACAAGUGGCCAAUGCUGCAGUACCUUCCACAUUGGCAGGCGAACCGCCAACUCAUUCAAGACAAGAAGUACCCACAGCCAGAGCUCUACCGCAUUCUGCACAGCUGGUCGCCCAACUCGCAUGCCGUCAACCUGCUGCUGCGCAUGCUCGACUAUGACCCCAAGAAGCGGAUAACAGCAGGGCAGGCACUCGAGCACGAGUACUUCCGCAUCGACCCGCUUCCCGGCCGCAAGUCAGUACUCUCCUCCCCACGCCCCUCUCCUCCACACGCCCCUCUCCUCCACACGCCCCUCUCCUCCACACGCCCCUUUACUCCACCACACCAUUUCUUGCGUUCCUUCACAUCACUCCUGCUUGGAUGUCCCUUGUUCUCUAUUCCCCUCACCCUCUUCCCUCACCCUCUUCCCUCACCCUCUUCCCUCACCCUCUUCCCUCACCCUCUUCCCUCACCCUCUUCCCUCACCCUCUUCCCUCACCCUCUUCCCUCACCCUCUUCCCUCACCCUCUUCCCUCACCCUCUUCCCUCACCCUCUUCCCUCACCCUCUUCCCUCACCCUCUUCCCUCACCCUUCACACCUUCCCCCUUCUCCUCUGCCCCCUUUCCUCCUCUUCCCUCCCCCCAGCUCGUUCUUCGCAGGCCACCACCCCAUGGAGCGCCCAGUGGUGUAUUUCAAGCGUCCAAGCCCCUGCAUUCCCACCCUCCCUGUUUUCCUCUCCACCCCCUCUCCUCCUUCCCCCUCCCCCAAUUCCCCCCCAGCUCCUCGUUCGUCUCAGGCCACCCCAGGGAGCGCCCAGUGGUGUACCCAAAGCGCAUGCCAGUUCCCUCUCGUUCGUCUCAGGCCACCCCAGGGAGCGCCCAGUGGUGUAUCCCAAGCGGCUGCCAGUCCCCUGUUCCCCUCACCCUUUUCCCUCGUGUCCUUUCUUCCACCCCUCUCCUUUUCUUCCUCCCCCGCAGCUCCUUCUUCUCAGGCCACCCCAUGGUGCGCCCAGUGGUGUACCCCAAGCCCAUGCCACUUCCCUCUCAACCCCUCUCAACCCCUGCCAACAGCUCGUUCUUCUCAGGCCACCCCAUGGAGCGCCCAGUGGUGUACCCCAAGCGCCCUGUGGACCUCUCAACUGAUUUUGAAGGCAUCUCCACCCUCUCCUCCGCUGCUGCCUCCUCCCAUGUCGCUGCUCUCUCUGCCAUGCCUCCACCGCACCAGCAGCAUCAUCAGCAGCACCAGCAUCAGCAUCAGCAGCAGCAGCACCAUCAGCAGCAGCAGCACCAUCAGCAUCAGCAGCAGCAGCAGCAUCAGCAGCAACAGCAGCAACAGCAGCAGCAGCAACACCAUCGGCACCAUCAGCAGGUGGGUGGGUGUGCAUGGGUGUGCAUGGGUGCGAGUGUGGGUAUGCAUGAAGGGAUGGGCUCGUUGAAGCCUGGAAGUAUGGAGAUUGCGUUUUCAUGCCACUGUGUCGCCAUUCCGCAUACCAUCAUGCCCAUACCAUCCAUGCCCCAUACCAUCCAUGCCCCAUACCAUCAUGCCCAUACCAUCCAUGCCCCAUACCAUCAUGCCCAUACCAUCCAUGCCCCAUACCAUCAUGCCCAUACCAUCCAUGCCCCAUACCAUCCAUGCCCCAUACCAUCCAUGCCCCAUACCAUCCAUGCCCCAUACCAUCAUGCCCAUACCAUCCAUGCCCCAUACCAUCCAUGCCCCAUACCAUCCAUGCCCCAUACCAUCCAUGCCCCAUACCAUCCAUGCCCCAUACCAUCCAUGCCCCAUACCAUACAUGCCCCAUACCAUCAUGCCCCAUACCAUCAUGCCCCAUACCAUUAUGCCCCAUACCAUCAUGCCCCAUACCAUCCAUGCCCCAUACCAUCCAUGCCCCAUACCAUCCAUGCCCUGUACCAUCUAUGCCCCAUUCCCCACCUCCCAUCCCCCACCCAUCCCCCCAAACAGCCAUCAGCGCCAGGGCAGCGCAUGGCCACAUUAGUGUGUGUGUUGUCCGUUCCCCACCCCACAUUACCCACCCCCCCAAUCCCCACCCCUCCCGCCACACCCCAUCCCCCACCCCUCUCCCCACAAUCCCCCACACCUUCCCCCACCAGCCAUCAGCGCCAGGGCAGCGCAUGGCCAACGUCACCCUGCUGCACCGCUCGGGGUCAGGAGGAGGGAGCGGGGAGGGGAGCGCAGGUGCCCUUCGCAGCCGACGAGGAGGGAGAGGGCGACGAUGGCGGGCCGUUCGGCAUGGCGAUCGCCGUGGGGGGGAGACCAAAACCUAGCUCGAAAGAAUCCAAAGCAAAAUCCAGAUCGGCGGGGUUCGGUACGGGGCAUGGGGAGGGGCAUAGAGUGAACAGGGAUAAGAAGGGCCGGGAGGAGCGGAAAGGGCGUGAGGAGAAGCGGGAGGGCGGGAAGGGCGGCGGCGGGGUGGUGGUGGGGGGACCGUCCGCUGGCGGCGCGCUGAACGUGAUGCCGCAAUCUGGGGAAUACACCAAGGAGAAACUCGCGGAAUUGGCGCGCAACACCAUGCGCAUUGCAGCGCCUUCGUCCGCCUCCAGGCGCACACCCCCUCCCCCUUCCGCCUCUAUCGCUGCAGCAGGCGCAGCCCUCUCCGCCUCCGCGGCCCCCUCCUCCACUGUCACCCCGCCCUCCCUCUCCGAACCUCUCAUCGUGCUUCGGGGAUCGCUCAAACCCGCAGGCUCAGCAGCCGCCGAAGCAGAGACCGGAGCUAGCGGUUCCGGUGCAUCAGGUUCGGCAGGUGCUGCAGCAGGAAUGGGAGGAUUGGGAGGAGCUACAGGGGGGAAGGACGGGGGAUUGGGGGCAAAAACUGGGGGGGAGAAAGGGGGCGGUGUGGGGGGAAUGGGGGGAGGGGGAGUGGAGGGAGGGCGGAGUGCAAGGGAGGUGUUUUCAGGGGGGAUGAGGGCAGGCGCGUGGGGAUAUGGGGGGGCAGCGGGGGGCGCAGGGGGGAUGGGAGGUGCAGGGUCGAUAGUAGCGGAAGGGGAUGAAGUGAUGAAGUUCCUGAGAGAGGGCCUUGCGAGACUGCAGGCCUCACAAUCCAAGGCUGAGCGGGAGGCUCGGGAGGCGGAGGAUCGGCUGGUGGCGGCGGCAGAGGAGGUGUUGGAGCUGGAGAGGGCGAUGAAGGGCGCUGAGAGCAAGUACCGCUUCGUGCAGGACCUCAGGCAAUACAUCGCCGUGUUGUGCGAUUUCCUCAAGGACAAAGCGGCGCUGAUAGAGGAGUUGGAGGAGUCGCUGCAGCAGCUGCAGGAGGAGCGUGCCAACGCAGCAUUCAACCGUCGACGCGCUGACCUGGUGGAUGAGCUGGCGCAAGCAGAGGCUGCCACGUCAGCGGCAGCAGCAGCGAUGGCACAAGGUGCCGGGACGGUGACGGCAGCGGCAGCGGCGGCAGCAGCGGCGGAGGCGGUGGUGGAAGGGGGAGGGGCGGCGGGAGGGCGGGUGGAGUUAGAUGAGUUUGGAAGAGACGUGAACCUGCAGAAGCGGUUGGAGUUCCAGAGGCGAGUGGCAGCGCGGGAGCGACGGCACGCCAAGGCUGAGGCCAGGAGGGCUGGGCGGGGCGAAGCAGAAGGGGGGGGAGGAGGUGGAGGAGGUGGUGUGGGGAGGGUGGAGGGGGAGUGGAGCAGUGAUGAGAGUGAUGAUGAGAGGAGUGCGUACAGCUCUGGCAGGCAGGAAAUACUCACUGCUGCUGAUGCAGUGUUUGCGGAUGCAGCAGAGGAGUACAGCAGGAUAGAGCGAGUGAAGGAGCGCAUGGAGCGGUGGAAGCAGCAGCACCCCUCCGCCUACCGAGACGCCUAUGCCAGCAUGUCAGCGCCGGCCCUCUUUGCUCCCUUUGUGCGCCUGGAGCUGCUCCGAUGGGACCCGUUGUUUGGGGGAGGUGCCUUUGACUCCAUGCACUGGUACUCUGUCCUCUUUGACUACGGCCUCCCAACCGACGGCUCCGAGCCUGCCCCGGACGACCCGGACACGAACCUGGUGCCGAGGCUCGUGGAGAAGGUGGGGCUGCCGAUCCUGCACCACGCGCUGCAGCACUGCUGGGACCCGCUGGACCGCGCCGCGACCAACCGUGCGGCGGCAGCUGUGGAGGAGGUGCUGGUGUAUGUGGAGGCGGGGGCUCCCGCAGUGGUGGAGAUGGUGAAGGCCGUGGAGGGGCGGAUUGAAAAUGCCGUUGGGGAAAUUCAGCUACCAGCGUGGCCGCCCCCCAUACUCGCUGCCUGCCCCUCCGCUGCUCGAUUCGCAGCUCAGAGAUUCGGGCACGCGCUGCGCCUCAUUUACAACCUGGGAAGGAUGCGAGACGUGGUGUCUCAGCAGCUCCUAGAUCGACUCGUGCUGCAGUCUCUCCUGGCCAAUCAGCUGCUGCCACAUCUGCGCGCCCUCGCCCCCGCGCUGCACGACGCUGUUCCCCGUACAGAGCGACUCGUUUGUGUGCUGUGUGACGGCAAGUGGGCCGGCACGGGCAGCGGCAGUGCCUUGCCUCCUUCUGCUGAACCCAGGAACAGUCCUAGGUCUCCUCUAUCACAGCUGGUGGCUUAUAUCGAAACGCUGGGUCGGUCUGUAGAGAGUCGGAGUGCUGUGGAGGGGCAGAGGGAGGAGUGUGUGGGGCUGGCGAGGCGGCUGAAGCGCAUGCUGGUGCAGAUGGAGGAAAUGGAUAAGGCCAGGGCGCUUGGCAAGCCAGCCUGGAACAAUGGUAACCUCAAGCGGUUGGCGAAUAAGAUCAUUUCGCCACUCAUCUUCGCUCACGUUCGCGCGGCGUAUCCGGGAAUCCCCGUCAAUGACUCCAACUGCCAGCCGUUCGUGUGCGGGCGGUACAUAUGGAUGCACAACGGCGGGGUGGGAGGGUUCCACAAGGUGCGGAGAAAGCUGCUGGAGUCGCUGCGGGACGACGUGUACCAGCAGUGCCCCUCCUUCGAGUCUGAUUCAGCCAUCUGCUUUGCUCUCUUCCUCAACCAGAUCCAAGACCCCAUGCAGCAGCUCGCUCCAGAGGAGCUGGUGGCAAAGAUGGAGGCGACGAUCAACGAGGUGAACCGGCUGUGUGGCGAGGCGGGGGUGGCAGACGAGCUCUCUCUGCUCAACUUCGUUGUUUCCGACGGCCGCACGGUGGUGGCCACCAAGUACUGCAAUCUGCCCCACGAGGAGUGUGCGACGCUGUACUACGCGAGUGGCAGCCGGUUUGAGGCGCUGGACGGCAGCAGCAAUGAUUACUUGGUGCGCCACGCCGACCGCCGCGGGCUGCUGGGGAUCGUGGCCAGCGAGCCGCUCACUGAUGAGAGCGCGGACUGGAUUCAGGUCCCGCGCAACACAGCGGUGGUGAUGACUCGGUUCAAGGGCGAGUUUGUGGAUGUGCUGCUGGUGCCCAUCAACCCGCCCCCCUCUGUGGCUCGCGACAUCUCACGCGCCUUCAAGGCCCUCGCCAGCUGCCCGCCCACCUCCCUCAAGGUCUCCCUCCGACGCCCCAGGCGAGCACAGGCCAGGAGGCGACGGGUGUCUGCUGAGGCUCAGCAGCAGCAGGUGGGGCAGUCUCCAGUUUCCAACACCUCAUCUCAAGCAGCGUUCUCUGCUGCAACGACUCCUCCUCCUCUUCCUGCUGCUGCUUCUCCGGCUGCUGCUGCGGCUGGCAGUGGAUCACCGGUGGUGCUACCAGCAGGAGGGGCGGCAGGAGGAGCGGGCAGCUGGAAGGAGGGUCUGCGAGACCUGGUCAGAGAUCAGGACGGCAGGGCUGCCACGGGAGACGAGGAGGAGGACGAUGAGGACGAUAUUGAUGGGGACGCAGAGACUUAUGGGUAUCCCAGCAGUCAGUCUUGGAAUGGUGGCAUUAGCGGCAACGGCACAAACUGCAGCAGCAGUGUCAGAAGCAGGAGGUAUCCGCCCACCACAGUUCUCCCACCAGAGGGCAUUCCUCUGACAGACAGGCCGCGGCACGCGAUGGCGAAGCACCGGCAGCCGGUGCUGGCGCUGGCAGUGGAUGGUAACCGCGUGUUUGCGGGGUCGCAGGACGGGCUGAUCACGCUGUACGAGCUGCGGGACUUCCGGUGCGUGUGCACGCUGGCGGGGCACAGCCAGACCAUCUUCUCCCUCUCCGUGCACCACGACCGCCUCUACAGCUCCUCCACCCGCGUCGUCAAGAUCUGGGACACCAAGACCUUCCGCCUCCUCUCCACUCUUCGAUACUCCGAUGGGGAUGUCUUUGCCCUCGCCCUCGCGCUCGGCAGGUCCGUCGCCGGCCCUGCAGGCACCUCCAUCGUUCGUUGCACCAGGGCGUCAGCUGCUGCUGCAGCAGCCGUUGCUAAGGGGAAUGGGGAGGGGCAGGGGGGUGGGCAGAAGCAGUUGAAGCAUCUGCACAGCUUGCAGCAUUUCGUGAUCCCCUCAGGUUCCUCCUUUCCCGAUGCCUCGGCCGUGCUGGACGCUUCUGUGUCACAACCACCUGGUUCUACUGCUGCUGCUGGUGCUGCUGCUUCUGCUGCUGCUUCGUCUGCUGGUGCAUUCUCUCCUUUGCCUGCGGCAGCGAAUCACAGGUCGCCAGCUGCCAUGGCAGCGGCGGCGGCUGCUGCAGCUGCAGCUUCAGCACUUGCUACCCAACCUCGCGGUGCUGGGACUGCUGUUGCCGUCACUGCUGCUGCUCCUGUUGCCAUACCUCAGGCUCGAGCCCGAAGCAAAGGCCCAGGCUCAGGUCUGGACGGUGGUUCUACAGCAGUGGGGUCUGGUGGGCAUGUGGUUCGGGUUGGGUUCGGAGAUCUCGCUCAAUCGCUCUCACCCGAAGCUCACUUAUACAGCUACCUGGAAGGGGCGAGGUCUGGUGGAGGGUCGGCAGCAGGCUCGUUACGUGGCUCAGCAGGGAGGUCUGGAGGUUCGUAUAUGACAGUGGUAGGUGAGGGGGAGGAGGAGGAGGAUGAGGAGGUUGGAGGGAGGAGGGGUACGGAAGGGAAUGGUGGGAGUGGGGUGGGGUCAGGUGGGUACUGUGAUGGGCAGAGAGAGGAGGUGAGAGUGCAAGGGUGGCAUCAGGAGGUGAUUGGCAGGUUACCAGAUAACCAGAAUGUAGUUAUGAACGGUCAGGUGAAUGGUCAGGUGUUUAGUCAGGUGAAUGGUCAGGUGAAUGGCCUGCAGCCGCAGCUGCACGAUGCACAGGCAGUAGAGCAGCAGGAGCAGCAUCUAGGAGGAGGGACGAAACCAUGUGAAGGAGGAGGGCUGGGAGGUACAGCAGUGGGUGGUGGUUGCAGUGAAGCAGGCAGUGUGGGUGGUGGUGGUUGCGGAGGAGCAGGGGGGGGAGCAGGAGGAGGGGGAGGAGGUGUGGGAGGGGCAGGCGUUGGAAUUGGUUGUGCGGCAGGAGGUGGGGGUGGGGUGCGCACGGUGUGUAAUUCCACAGAGGCAGCGCUGGUGCUGACGGAUUCAAACAAGAAUGGCCACUGCAGCCGCGUCUAUGCUCUGGCUGUAGCACACCCCCUCAUCUGUAGCGGCGCUGGCGACACCUUUGUCAAGGUGUGGUCGCUGGUGACGGGCGAGUGGGUGGCAACGCUGCACGGCCACAAGGGGGGAGUCAUGGCGCUCGCCACAGCCGAUGCAGCAGCAGAAUCUUCUCACGGCUCCGCCUCCUCUGCUGCCAACCCUCUCGGCCCUUCCAAGCCUCACCAUGCGCCGCCGCACCGCGCCUCCAAGCCUCUGUGGCGCCUCUUCAGCGGGUCAAGGGACAACACGAUCAGGGUGUGGGACCUCUCAUCUCUGCUCUGCAUCACCACCCUCACCGGCCACACCGACGACGUUGUGGGGCUCGCCACCGGCCCUAACAACCGUCUCUUCAGUGCGUCAGUGGAUCACACCAUCAGAGUGUGGAGCAUGGUGACAUAUGAGUGCGAGCGAGUGUUCCUCCAGGAGGGUUCCAUCUUCCUCUCCAUUGCAUGCACGCCCACCGGGGUUGUCACCGGCUCCAGUGACGGUGUAGUGCGGUACUGGGAGGUGGACUCUGCCAGCGUGGACCAAUCACAGUCCGCCACGGAGGACAGCAAGGGGCUCCCCACCGCCUCUCACUCGCACCACCUCCCGCAUUCCACUCCAAGCUUCAAGCUCCAGAACGAGUCAGUGGCGGCGGAGCAGAGGCUGAUGGAGGACACACUGAGGCAGCUGGUGCGCAUGAGGACCGUCAGCACAUGCACCUCGCGCCUCGCUGCACAGGAGAUGUGGAGGGCGGCAAACGUUGUGAUGGGGCUGCUGGAGGACAUAGGGGCGGAGGCAAAGCUGGUGGUGGCGGUGGAUGGGACCAGCCCUGUUGUGUUCGGCCGCAUCGUGCAGGACCCCAGUCGUCUCACCGUGUGCAUAUGCGGGCAUUACGAUGUCACGGGUGCAGGCGAUGUGGACGGUUGGAUGAGCGACCCCUUCGAUCUGACGGCUCAGGAUGGCUUUCUCAUUGGGCGAGGGGUGUCCAGCAGCAAGGGCCCGCUGAUUGCCUCCCUCUUUGCCAUCAAGGAUCUGGUGUGUCGGGGCGAGCUGGCAAUCAACAUUGUGUUUGUGAUCGAUGGCAUGCAGGAGAACGGGUGCAAGGGCUUCAAAGAGGCGGUGUAUGCCAACCUGGACUGGUUUGAGGGCACGGGGCUCAUUCUCAGCAGCGAUGGCGCGUGGAUCAGCGACCAGCACCCGUGCCUGAUAUACGGCAUGCGGGGACUGAUCUGUCUGACGGUGGCGGUGAGCGGGCCGCUCAAGGAUUUGCACUCGGGCACACACGGGGGCAGCUUCAACGAGCCACUCAACGACCUUGUCACUGUGCUCUCCAACCUCGUCGACUCCAACAACAUGAUUCUUAUUCCAGGGUUCUACGACGAUGUGAAGCCAUUGGAUGAGGAGGAGGAGGCGCUGUACCAGGGGCUGCACUUCCGAGUGGACGAGUACAAGGCACGCAACGGGCUGGCGGCAGUGACGGGGGGCACAGCACGGGAGGUGCUGCAGAGCUGCUGGCGCAGCCCGUCGCUGAGCGUCUUGGGCGUCUCCACCUCGCCCUCCUGCGCGCCCUCCUGGUCCUCUCUCCCCAAAGCUGCCUCCGCUAGGGUGGUGAUCCGGCACGUGCCAAACCAGAAUCCUGACCGCCUGGUGCAUCGCUUCCGGGCGCACGUGGCUCAUGAGUUUGCCAAGCUGCGGUCUGCUGGCAACUCCGUGGCUGUCACUGUGGAGCACGUGGGCGACUGGUGGUUGGCAGACCCCUCCUGCUCCUUCUACCAGCUCGCAGAGAAGUGCAUUCAGAGCCACUGGGACAUGCCGCCCAUGUACAUCAGGGAGGGCGGCACGAUGCCGGUGGUGCCUUUCUUGGAGGCAGCCUUGGGAGCGCCGGCCAUCAAGAUUCCCAUCAGCCAGGCCACUGACGGCAGCGCGCUCCAGAACGAACGGCUGGAAUGGAGCCACCUCAUCAAGGGCAAGGAUGUGAUCAGGGACUUCAUCAAGGCUCUGGGGGAUGGCAGCCGCAGCUGCUGA